AUGGGUGGCCAUGAUGAUGAAGACAUGUCUUACGUUGUAAAUAAACAAAAACAAGAUGAAGAGCUGAAGAACAAGCUGAACGAUAGCAGCCACUGGUGCGAUCAGGACUCCACAGGCAACAAUGCCAAGUGGGUCAAAGAAGGCCAGAACCAGCUGCGGAAAGUAGCCGAGAACCAGCAGGACCAGAACCACAACUGCAAUAUCAGCCAGAAUGGGAACAAGGAAGACUUCCCACAUCAGACCACCACUCAGGAAGAACAACAGGGGAACGAGGAGCAGACCAAGUCUCCUAAAAUAGCAAUGACCCCUGGUCUCAGUCAGGAGGAGUCCAAGAACAUCCUUAAUGAGCCGCUACUCAUCAACACCCUGGAGUCAACAGAAGAGAAAGAUAAAGAGAGGGAAGAAGAUAGCACAGAGAAGGAAAGUAAAUUGGAGGAAGAUGAGGAGACAUCAGGUGAUACCAGAGGAGUGGCAGGAGAGCAGAGAAGUGUGGAGUCUCAGAGGGAGGGCAGCGUGGUGGGGAGGAAUGCCUGCCUCCUGUUCUCCAACAUGAACGGGACACCGAAUGAGGAAGAGCCCAGCUGGCCUGCGGUGUCUCAGGACAACACAGCUGACAGCUCUCCUAAUGGCAACAAAGAGUCCUUUUGGGAUUCCAGUGCUUUUGAGACUGACACAGACCUGCCUUCAGGAUGGAUGAGGGUGCGAGAUACAUCAGGCACAUACUACUGGCACAUCCCAACAGGCACCACCCAAUGGGAGCCCCCUUCACCCCUGGGUAAAGUUGGUGACUCCAUGAUGUCCUCCACUAUGUCCCUGGAGACUACCCCCUGUGAGGAGCCUGAGGAAUCCUGGACUCAGCUCUCCAGCACAGAAGAAGGAGCUGAAGGUGAAGGAGAAGGUGAAGGUGAAGGUGAAGGUGAAGGGGAACUGUGGAAGGAGGAGGGAGAGGUUGCAUCUGAUCAAAGUCUGAAGGAGUUUGAAGGGGCAACUCUACGCUAUGCAUCCAUCAACCUGAAUUAUAAUUGCUCCCAGUCUGACGAAGAAGAGAAGCUCGCUCCGCUCUGCACAGAUUUAGAAGCUAAGUGUUUUGCAGUGCGUUCCCUGGGCUGGGUAGAGAUGUCUGAGGAGGACAUGGCACCUGGCAAGAGCAGUGUUGCUGUCAACAACUGCAUUAGGCAGCUGUCUUAUCACAAACAUAACCUUCAUGACACUGCUGGUAUCUGGGGAGAGGGUAAGGAUAUGGUGAUGGUCCUGGAGAAUGACACCAUGAACUUGAUCGACUCGCUGGGCCAGACUCUGCUUCACACUCAACCGAUUGGCAGCAUCCGUGUUUGGGGUGUUGGUCGAGACAAUGGAAGGGAAAGGGAUUUUGCUUACGUGGCUCGAGACAACCUGACCCAAGUUCUGAAGUGUCAUGUUUUCCGCUGUGACUCACCCGCCAAGAACAUAGCGACCAGCUUACAUGAGAUGUGUUCAAAGAUAAUGAUGGAGAGAAAGGCGACUAAACCAGGUGUAAGCAGGCUCAACUCUGAUCCAAAUAACCCUGGAGUCAUCCCAGUUGAAGAGUUUCCUGUUCCAAAAAAUGAACUCUUCCAGCACUUCCAUGUUUAUUACCUUGGUUGUGAGGCUGUGGCGAAGCCAGUUGGUAUUGAUAUAAUCAAUGACACUCUAGAGAUGGCAGUGAAUGGCAAAGAUAGAAGUGAAUGGAUUCCUGUCUCUGUGAAUGUGGCGCCAGCCACCCUCACAAUACUUUCUAAACAGGAAGAAGAGGUGCUGUCAGAGUGCAGAGUGCGCUUCCUGUCCUUCAUGGGCGUGGGAAAGGAUGUCCACACAUUUGCUUUCAUCAUGGCGGAGGGUCCCCGAGAUUUCACCUGUCACAUGUUUUGGUGUGAACCCAACGCUGCCAGUCUGAGUGAAGCCGUGCAGGCCGCUUGCAUGCUUCGCUACCAGAAAUGCUUGGAUGCUCGUCCACCCAGCCUGGCCUCCUGCCUGCCCACUCCUCCUGCUGACUCGGUGGCUCGACGGGUCAAGAAGGGAGUGCAGAGUCUGCUCGGCAGCUUUAAGAGCUACAGGUCAGGCUCUCAGUCCCCUUGAGUCGAAGUGAAGAUGAUCCACAGUCCAUUAAACACACGGUCCAUCACCACAAUCUCUCACUUCUUCUCCACUUCCUCCUCUCAUCCUUCUGCCACAGUUUCGCCUUAUGACCGCCUCACCUGUCUAGUCACUAGUGUGUUGAGUAGUUUGUGAGGAAAAUGUGUGUCUGAAAAGAAUACAUUUAUUUCAUGUUGUCCGCUUUUAUUUGUACAAUUUUACACUUCCAUCUCCAAACAGAUGAAACCCCUGGCAUCUAUAUUUUCUCUGCUGGGAUUCUUUCUGUGAGUCUUAACUAUUUUUGUGUUUUAACAGAAAACAAUGCUAUGAAUGUUGGAUAUGGAUGUAAUAUAUUUUACAUGCUAGAAUUUGCUUGAAGAAGAGGUUGCUAGAUUCUCUCACAGAAAUAUUCUCGUUCCCUACCCCUCCUCGGUGCAGUUAUCCUCUCCAACGCUCUUCUUUUUCUACUUUGAAUGAAGGUACUGUAACACAGUUGUUGUCAGUUGGUGUCAAAUAUCCUCAUACUGAUUUUUCUAAAACAUCAUUUGCACCUCUCUCUACCAUCUUAGGCUGAAAUACAAGCACUGUAGGCGUGCCACGUAGAUAUAUGUCCCCGACCCUCCCGAACAAUGUAUUUUAGUCUUCCAAAGAACUGUACUGUCAUCUGUCACAUAGUGAGCAACCACUGAUUUGAGUGUAGUGUGUUUCUCAUACAUUCUGCAUGAACAUUUGCAAGUUCAGUGCUAGUGUGCAAUAAUCAGAUGUUCCUGUACGGUGUGGUGAUAAGACGGCUGCCAUGUGAUUAUUUGUUCACUUUAGUGAGAGCGUCUGUCUAGAUGGAGUGCGAGGCUAACGGAACAACAGAGCCAUGUUAAAAUCAUUAUCGUGUGAGAUAAAUAAUAGUAAUAAAAGAAUACAAACUCUGGGUUUUCACACAGUCGUGUAUCACCAACAACUACUGAAUAGUACUGUAGACUCGCCACAAGCUGCAUGUUUUGAUAGCUUAGAGUUCUUGCUGCUUGCAGCGGUUUUAGUGCUUAAGACCCAUCAAUGUAUCCUGUAAAUUCUUUCUGUGUUUCUGUACGGUAAGAGGAGGAUGGAGUCGAUGUGUUGUUUCGUGUUUCAUAGGCAUGUCACUCUAGUUAGUGCCAGUGUUCAUCAUAAGCUAGCAGUAGAGAGUUUAGACUUCCUGUCGGUUCCUUCAGACUGAAAAGAUGAGAGCAGGUUAAUGUUUGUAUCUACAGUUUUUUGUGUAUAUGAGAAACCUCGAGAUGAAUUCUCCUGUGGUUUACAUUUUUAUUUUUUCCACAUUUUGACGUGUGUGGGUUCCUGGCCGCUCCAGUUAAUGUAUUUUUUAUUGUUUCCACACACUGCAAUGUACACAAUUUAAGAUGGUUUUCACAUUAGCUCGUUAGAUUUACUUUUUUAUAAAGAACACACUAAUUAGCCAAGUUGUAUUUGAUCUUUAUGUGUGUGUCAGUGAUCAAUACUGUAUGUAGCACAAUAGUAAUAGUCAUCUCUAAUAUUAAAGAUGCAGUUUGUAAGAUUUAUUUGACCUCUGCAGGGCAUUUGUUUGGCCAUGUUGUCUGAGACACUAGUAGCUACUUACUAGAUAUCCUCAGGCUGACUGACUCCACUACAUAAUGAUGAAAUGAAUAUAUUAGAAUGUGUCCGACGGAAAAAUUGAAAAUUAUUUUAGAGCAAAUGUGUCGCUCAAAGAAAUUACAACAAAAGGAAUGUAUAGACAUGCAGAACAACUACAUGUUUGUAUUUUAAAGAGCAAAACAUACGUCUAUGAAACAGUGAUUGACUUCUGUAUAUGAUGGUGAUAUUGAAACAAGUGAGACUUUGUGUUAAAUGUCUAAGUGGUGCAUAAUGACACAACUCUGAUUUAAGUCUCGUUUACCUGCUGUCAGAUUUUAUUUAACUUUCUAGAUGUUUUGUUUUGUAAAAAAAACCCCAACAAAUCUUUGAUAUGUUUUCUAUAUCGCAAAAAGCUGAAAUCAGAAGUGUCCUCAGAAGUGCUGAAAUAUGUUUCGUACUUGUAAAAUAAUGAUUGAAAAUAUGGAUUAGAAAUGAUGUGUGACAGAUUUCCCACUAUAAAAGCUGUCAUGGAGUCUGUUCUGUUUUCUGACCUUCGUCACCCGAUUUUGAAAGCGAAGCGGUGCUUUGUGAUGACUGGCCUUUCUCAAACUGUAACUCAUAGAUUCUCAUAGAUGUUUUUAACAUUUUAGAAGUUAUUGAACACUAAAAACUCUUACCAACUGCUUCUUUAUACGUGUACGAUAUAACACUAAUGAAAAGUAGACUACGUUGACUCAUAUUACUGCCUUGUCACUCAUGUGUCACUUGGAACUAUUUUCUCUUUCAAAGUUUGCUGUGUCCAGUUGGUGGCAACACUAAAAAGCCAGAUGAGUUAAAGAAAAUUAGCAGAUUAAUUUAUUUCUGUUCAUGUAAAUUAGGUGUAUAAAAUGUAUGUAUAUAAAAGUCACUGCACAAUAAAUGUGAACAUAUCA